UUCACGUUCAAGUUGGAAAAUGAGUAAGAGCAUGGAAGAGCUGUCAGUCGAUCGCCAGCUGUUGAAGCGUGAGCAGGAGUUUUGCGUUUUUCGCGCCUCUGUAUAACCUACUUUCAUUUUUUCAUCAUUGAAAAAUGACAUUUCGGUCAAUUUUACUAAUAUUCUCAUUAGUUAAUCUAUUACAGGCCCAAAAAGUGAUUAAAUUUGGUGCAUUUUUCGAUGCGGACGAUGUGGACUCCUUGGAAGUGUUUGACAUUGCAAUUUCGCGUCAAAAUGCAUUCAAUAUGAAAUUUCGUUUGGAACCAAUAAUCAAAAAAAUCGAAUCAAUUGAUGGAUUUCAGGCCGAAAAAGCAGUUUGUGAAAUGGUCGAAUCAGGUGCGGUGGCAAUUAUCGGCCCAAAAUCAUCAUACAUUGCUGAUGUGGUCGCAUCGAUUUGCAACGAAUUGAAUGUGCCGCAUCUGGUCAGCUAUCACCGUACGCCAGAGAUCAACAAAAAUCCAUAUCACAUGUUCACGCGAAAUAUUCAUCCAGAUACCACUUUAUUAUCGAAUGCAUUAGUCGAUUUGGUUCGAAAUUAUGGAUGGAAGAGAUUUGCCAUCAUUUACGACAGUGACGAAGGAUUAAUUCGACUUAACGGCAUUUUGCAAAUGUUUCAAGUCGGCCACAAGAUGGUUUCGGUUUACAAAUUCCCCGGCAAAAAUAUGAUUAAACAUCUAUUGAAAGAGAUUUCGAAAUCCUUGGAAAAUGGUGUCGUUGUUGAUUGUAGCAUCGAAAAUGUCGCUGAAAUUGUGAAACAAGGCUUGGACGUGAGAAUGAUGGAUGAGUACAUGUCUUACUUCAUAACAACGCCGGAUGGUCAUAUGUUGAACAUACCUGAAUUAAAGGAAGUGCGCUCAAAUAUAACGGCCAUUCGAUUGAUGACAUCGGAAGAUGUUGAAGCCAUGAAUAUUAUUGACCAAUGGAAGAAAAAUAAAAAGUAUUUGAACGCCGUUCAGUAUCGUUAUGCAGAGCAAAUUGUUGCGCCUAAUCGAUUGAAACUUGAGGCUGCAUUGGUGCGAGAUCUGGUUGAAGUUAUUCACAGUGCGUUGCAAGAACAAAAUUUUUACCGCAGGAUAAAUGAACCCAUCACAAAAUGCGCUUUGAUUGAUGCUAGAGAAUCGAUUACUCAGUAUUGGAACGAGGGAAGAGUGCUGCUGCAAAAUAUCGAUGACACGAAAGCGCUUGGAAUAACGGGCGCCAUUCGUUUUGAUCGUGACUACAAAACGCGUGAAGACAUUUACAUGGACAUUGUUGAGUUCCAUCGCAUUGAUGGUAAUUUCAAGAAAGUGGCUGAAUGGAAUCGAAUCAAUAGACUCAUUGUAACGCGAAGUUUUGAAGAGUUGCAAUCACAAAAAGCGUUCAACAUUCAAAACAAAGUGUUUUCGGUGGUGUCAAAACUCGGUAUGCCUUACUUGGAGCUGGUUGAAAAUGGCACAAAUCUCCAGGGAAACGAUCGAUUUGAAGGCUUCGUCAAAGAUUUAAUGGAUGAAAUUGCACGGCUCAAAAAUUUCACAUACAAACUCUAUUUGGUGCAUGGAAAUCAUCACGGCGCACAUGAUCAUGUCACAGGGAAAUGGACCGGAAUUGUCGGCGAUCUAUUGGAAGGUAAAGCCGAUUUAGCUGUUUGUGAUUUCACCAUAACUUACGAACGAAAAACUGUCAUUGAUUUUUCAAUCCCGUUCAUGCCGUUAGGCAUAAGUAUUUUGUAUGCAAAACCCCGCAAAGAACCACCUGGUUUGUUGAAUUUUUUGAAACCACUUGAUACAACUGUUUGGCUUUACAUGUCUACGGCGCUUUUGUGCGUUUCGAUUGCAAUAUACUUUUUGGCUAAAAUAACCGAAGCAGAUUGGGAAAAUCCCCAUCCAUGCGAUGAAAAUCCCGAAGAAUUGGAGAAUAUAUGGAAUAUAAACAAUUGCAUUUGGCUUGCUGUGGGAUCGAUUAUGCAGCAGGGUUGCGAUAUUUUACCAAAAGGAAUUCCAACUCGUUUAACAGCAGCAGCCUGGUGGUUUUUCGCAAUGAUUGUCACUUCUUCUUACACCGCAAAUUUAGCCGCGUUCUUGACUAAAGAGCAAAUGGAAGACAGUAUCGAAAAUGUAGAGGAUUUGGCGAAAGAGUCAAAGAUAAAAUACGGUUUAUUGGCAGGCGGCAGUACUGAGACAUUCUUUGCGGAGUCUAAUGUGUCGAUCUACCAGAAGAUGUGGGCGAGAAUGGAGCACGAGGAGCCGUCUGUAUUCGUUGAUUCAAAUGAAGAGGGAAUCGAAAGAGUGAAACAAAGUAAUCGUGGCUAUGCAUUUCUGAUGGAAAGCGCCACAAUCGACUACAUAACGCAAAGAGAGUGUAAUUUAACACGCAUUGGCAGUUGGUUGGAUAGCAAAUCUUACGGAAUUGGAAUGCCUAUUAACUCACCGUACCGUGAUGAUAUAAAUCAGGCAAUUUUAAUGCUUAAGGAGAAUCGAGCGGUGCAACACAUGAAAGAAAGAUGGUGGAUUGAAAAGAACUUUCAGAUUGUGGACGGUGAAAAGAUAAAUUGUGCGAAAGAGAAUGAGCCAAGCAGUUUGGACGAACCAGAUUUAGAUAUUGAGCAUAUCCUUGGUGCUGUAUACGUUUUAAUGGGUGGCAUUGGGUUGGCGAUUCUCAUUGGAGUAUCAGAAUUUCUGUGGAACGUUCGCAAAGUAUCAAUCGCGCUAAAGAUCACACCGUACGAGGCGUUACGUCGAGAAUUGUUGUUUGCAUGCAAGGUUUGGAUCACCCAAAAACCAGUCUUAGAAUCACGAGAAUCCGAAUCGCUUGCAUACGACACGGCAUCGGAGAAAAAAUGAAUUUUAUUUUAAUUUGCCAUUGCCCACUUUUAUGGCGGCAAUGAUACAAAAUCCGCUUUGAAUCGAACGAUAUAUUUUAACGCAAUUCAAAAUGAA